AUUUCCGGGGGCGAGGGGAGCAGCGGACUGCGCAGGCGGUCGGAUACGAUCCAGUUUCCGGCGCGGCCACCACGGAAGUGUGGACAGACUUUUCCAGGUGCUCGAACUGCGGUGGGUCGGCGAGAGUGAGAUGGAGGUGGGCGCGGAAGCUGUAGUUGGAGAGGACGGUCUCCGGGAGCGGCGAGGCUUGAGCGAGGCUGGGAGGCAGGAGCAGAACCGAGAUGUGCAGCCUCAGUCCGGGUCAAACAUGAUUCCAAAACACUCCUACUGGUUAGAUGUCUGGCUCUUCAUCCUCUUCGACCUGGUGGUGUUUUUCUUCGUGUAUUUUAUGCCCUGACUGGUUUGCCUGAUAUCUAAAUUAAGAAGUUGGCUUCUGGAGUGGCUUCUGAAAAUGACUACAAACUUCUUGAAUAAAGAAGACAGGCAAGAUUGUGCAGCAGUAGAAUUUCAGACUCCUAAGGGACUUUCUUUUCAUUUUACACAUUCUGUUAUCAUUUCGGGACUGUAUUAAAUGGGGAGUGAUCUCACUCAUUUAUAACUAAAUUCUUAAAACUAGACCUUUUUGUUCAUGUUUAAAAACUUUUCAAACAUCUGAUGGCUUUACAGGGGCUAAAUGUAAAAGUAUUUGUACUUAAGGGUUUAGUGUAUUCAUCAGUAAAUAUAGUCAUUCUUUUAAUAUUUAAUAUUUUAAGAAUUGGUCAAGGUUUAAUAGGCUGCAAAUAAUAUGGUAAAAUAAAAAUAUGGUGAAGUAUUUAUAAAUUCAAAAGUAAAUACUCAAAAGCAAGGAAAGGAGUUUGAGAGAAGGAACAAAGUUUUCUUAAAAUGCAUUAGGAGAUUACAAAUAACGAAAAGCUUUACAGAAAAUGCUGGCCCACAAUGUAUUGGCUAUAAGUGCCAGUUUAAUUUUUAGAUUUAAGGAGGACUGGGUUAUAAAAAGAUGUGUUACGGUUGAUGGAUACAAACUUAUAGAAAGUAGAUAAUACCCAGUAUUGGAAAGCUAGCUUGUGUGUUCUUUUACCUGGAGGCCUCUUCUUUCUUCUUUUCAAACCAUUAAGUUUCCUAAAAUAAGAAUGUGUUUCAGAACUAUUUUUUCUUAUUGUGGUUAUUUUAAAGAUGCUUGUGACCAAAGCCUGAUUUUUAUGUCUGUAACUUACUUAAAUACUUCAGCAGGUGCAGUGUGAUAUUUCCCCAUUCAGUAGAUAUUUGAGCGCUUACUAUGUAUGGGCCAGGGAGUGUUUUAGGGACAACAGUGACCAAAACAUAAAAAUCCUUGCUUUCAUGGAGUUUCCAUUUUAGAGGUUUUUUUUUGUUAAAAAUCUAAUUUAUCUAAGUACAUGUUAGUUAAUGAGAAUUUACAUUCCAGGGAUGCUCAGCUAGCAUUUAAUCAAAAAGGCCACACUUCAAAAGCAGCUAAUCUAAGGACUUCAGAACGAUUUCUGGUAGUCCUAGGGGCUAUCAGAAAUGGGCUCUCAUUGAUGAAAUUAGUGACAUUUGAUAUAUGUGUAUUGGCUGGAGUAUUUUGGGGAUUUUCUCCCAUAUCGACAAGGUGUAAGGUCCAGUAAGCUCUACAUCAUGUACCUUUUUGAGAUGCUUAGGGCUAAAGUCAAGUCCAAGAUUGAUUUUGGAGGAUUCUAAUUGCCUAAUGCUGACUAUAAGGUUAACAAUUACAGCUUCAAGGUAUUUUUGCAUCUGCCUAAAGAGAACCCUUUAUGCAAGGUAUGAAGUAUCUAGACCACGGAACUGGGAUUUGAUUGAGCUUACCAAGCAGGUUGUACAGUCUUUUGUGUUCUGCUUGCUAACAAUGAUGUUAAUAAAUGUUUACUUGUAUAGCUGAAUUUGGUCUGACUUGCUUUUAUUAUAACAAACUCCUGGUAGUGAGGUUGUGAGGGAAUUAGGCCCAUAUCACUAGGGUUCCUAUGUGUCAGGCGUGACUCAACAGCAAUGGAAUCACUCACCUACCUGUAACUGUUAACUACCUUAAAGAACCUAACAGUUAUGCAUGACCAAAUUGACUUAGGUCAGUUCAUAACAGUUCUCAUACAGCUUAAUGCUAGGCCACACAUAAAGGCUUAUCAUACCUUUCUGUAAUAGUCAUACAGCCUAUUACUGUAACUGUCAAAUAUUGUACAAAUUUCUAAUACAGUGAAGAUGGAGAGAUCUUAAUAUGACUGGAAAUGAUGAGGAUUGAAUCUUUCCUACAGAUGAUGAAUAUAGCUAGGAAAUUGUACCUACUACCAUACUGUGCCAUCUCAAGUAUACUGCCUGUUUAGUGCCCACAAUUGAAGGUUUUUAAGAAGUCGAUAAAUGGGACACCAAAAAAAGUUGGCAGACUUGCUACAACAAACACAGACAUCAAAUGUGAUUUUAAUCUGAUAAGUUUCAUGUAAGUGAUUAUUCCAGUAAUUUGAGAUGAACUUUCAUAUUAGCAGUUGUGAGGAACAGUUUUUAGGGGUAUGUUAGCUUGAAAAUUUUAGGAUGUCAAGAGCUCUGUAUAACCAGCCCAGUUAAAAAUUAGCUGCAAGUGGCAUGGGACUAGUUACGGUGACUACAGGAUACUUAGGGUCAAUGAGAAUAUUUAAAGUAGAUUACGCUCUAGGAACAAGAGUCAUCAAGCUACGGCCUCCCCUGGGCCAAAUCUGGCCCACUGCCUGCUUGAGCAGCCUGUGAACUAAGAAUGGUUUUUAUAUUUUAAAAUGAUUGAAAAAAAAAAAAAA